AUGCCUCCAUCAUGUACCCACAUGUCCUGUCAGCGAAUUACACUUCGCCUGGUUGGUCAGCUUAUCGAGGAACUAAUCGGCAGUGGCUAUCAGCACCCUUACUGUGUCAAGUCUGAGUCUCUUUACCAGGGCUCAUCCAUCAACUUGGUGGCGUCCUCUAUUCCAGCAAUUCUUGCCUCUGGAAGUGGCACUGCUCUUCAUGCUGGUUUCAAUUAUGGGGCUCUAAAAUCCGUCAGUUAA